GCACAUUAAAGUUACUUCUACACGAAAGUUCAUAAAUUGCUUAAACAGAGAGCAGACUAAAGUUACAUUAUAGCACAACUCUAGAAAAAAUGAGGAUUCAACCUAAACCAGUGUUUGUGCUCCUCCUCUGUUUGUGGAUACCUGUUGCUCACUCCCAGCACAUUUCCAGUCCUCCAGAGGAUCAGGAUUCAUCAGGAGAUGAUCUGGAGUUCUCGGGCUCAGGGGAGGAAGGUUCUGUAGGUGUCACAGAAUUAAAUAUCCCUGAAGUUUCGUGGAGUACCAAGAUCACACUUCCAGCUUCCAAUGUCACUGAAACAGCAUGGGUAACAGACGCUCCUGUCAGGGGUCCAGAGAAGACCACGGUUGAGCUACAUUCAACUAGCAUCUUGGGAUCAAAUGACAAAAUACCAGACCCAGUCAAUACCACUCCAGUAGUAAAAAUGACCACAGCCAAAUCUGAUGCUCAGCCUUCUCCCACCACCAUGCCUCCUCAUAUCCCUCUCACUGAGCUCGGAGAUCUGGAAACCACAGCUUUGAUCCCUGAAGGUGUGGAAGAGACCACCGUUUCCCCAGAGGAGGAGGAGGAGGUCCCACCUGUGAUGGUCAUAGAAGACACUACCUCCACUUCUGCCACUUCUGUUGUGGGGAGUGAGAUGUGGACUGUGACUCCACCUGAAGAACCCACAACGCCUUCAGUGGUGGUGGCGGAGGAAGAGGAGGAGGAAGAGGAGGAGGAACGACAGACCACCCCUGCGGUUGUUAUGGUGGAAGAGGAGGAUGGGACCACUGUUCCAGUUGAAGUUGUCGACAUUGCUGACAUGGAGACAACUCUUCGUCCUCAGAUGACCGUCAGCACAGUGGUUGACCCAGUUCAGGAAGAAGAAGAAGAAGAGUCAGGAGAUGGUGAAGACCUAUCAUUUAUAGCUCAGACCACCGAAGAGCCCCAAGGACCUGGGUUGGAUGUAAUCAUUCCAGAAACUAGGAUCAAGAUUAAUGCAGUAAAGCCGGAUGACGAGGACUUUCAGUUCGAAGAUAUCAAACCCUCGGAGGAGAAGCCUCUGCCAGAAGAGUUUCCUCGCGAGGGCGCAGCUGAGAACCAGAACUUAAUGGAAAGGAAAGAAGUCCUGGCAGGUGUGAUUGCUGGUGGAGUGGUGGGCUUGGCAUUUGCUGUCAUGCUGGUGGCUCUCAUGAUCUAUCGCAUGAAGAAAAAGGACGAAGGAAGUUACGCAUUAGACGAGCACAAACCUGCCAACGGAGGCUACCAGAAACCCCAGAGACAAGAGGAGUUCCUGGCUUAAAGCACUUUUGCUCAGCGCUGUUCAAACAGCCUCUAGUACCCUGCUUGAUUUUCACUUUAACCUCUCCUUUUAACAAGCAGUGCUUAGUGACUUUUACUUUCUCUUCUUCUUGACUUGGUCUGGACUGGCCAUCGCUAUAAGGAUGGAAUUUGGAACUCAGUUGCUCAGUGGAUGUUUGGUGAUAUUUCAUCUUCUUUUGGUUUUGCUAUUUCUGGAUUGCUCUGGAAUGGGAUUGUCCUCUAAACUCUCAUCUUCAGAGUGCGUAGCUUUGUGAAGACUUCCACUGGAGUUGAAGCAAUCCCAUCAGAUGUGGACUAACAUUUCUUCUUUCACUACUGUGCCUUAUGUCCUCAAAAGAAAAAAAAGAGUCUGCACGCCUGUCACAGAAUGUGCAUAAUUCCAAGCGCAACAGCUCAAUCGUCAACAACCCUCUUGCAUCACAAUGUAAAAGGAUGUGUUGCCAUAGUAACUGAGCUAAUGGCCAUAAUAAUUUUGUAAACCUGGCGAUAAGGAGUGCACCUUCUGUAUUUUUUGUAUGUAAGCCCUUAGAAUUCAUAUAAUCGACAAAAGGUUAAGUUCCAAUCUUAACCUCCAUUGGACAUGACGACUAUGCAACUCCUAGAACUCUUUGUUUUGGUUUGUUUGGUUUUUUUUGUUUGUUUGUUUGUUUGCUUGUUGUUUUUAAUGGUAUUCUGUUAUUGUGUGUAUCUUUAUCCUGAUUCAGAAACUCACAUGAGAGCAGAUGAGCAAUGUCCUUAUUUCAUCUUCAGCUAGCUUGCUUACUGUCCAUGAAACAUGCUGUUGAGACAACCAGACAACCGAUGUAGACUUGGUGUCAUAAGUUUGCCAAAUAUCAAUAUGUAAAUAAUGAUUCAUAAAACAUGAUCACUAAUGUUCUGUUAGACACCAGCAGAGCAGAAACACAGGAGCAUAACAAUAUUAGA